CCAGGCUAAACACGCCCUCAAACCUCACUCCCUUUCACUAGUCAGUAUUUCUGUGUUUACUUUCAUUUCCUCACCGUCGUUAUCUUCACAAGUUUUUUCUUCCUUUUCCUUUUGUUUGAACUUCAAGACUAGUUUUUUGGAGACGACUUGCUACUAGUUCUCGUGGUGAUAUUGUUAACUUGUUAUGCUAUGGAUCAGUUUGGAGACGACUUACUACUCUCCAUUUACGACAAAGUUAACGACCCAGAUGAUCGAAAGUCUUUCUCUCAAGUUUCUAAGCGAUUCUGGAAACUAUCAUGCCUUCGCCGCCAACCAAGGUUAUACAUAGUGUUUCCUGAUUUGUUAUACUAUAUUCUACCUGCUGCAUCCCCAAAAGUGGAUAUCUUUAAAUGUCAUAAACCACUCUCAAACGACCACAUGAAACUCCUAGCUCAGUCAUGCCCUCAGCUCUCAAUACUCGAUAUCUAUUUAGACCAGAAUUUUGAUCCUAGUGAGCCUAAUUUUGAUGAUGACGGUUUGUGUGCAGUAGCAAAUGCUUGUAUGCAUUUAUCUAAGGUGUUUUUGAAUAGGAGGUUACAUAUUAGUGAUGUUGGAGUUGCUUAUCUAAUUGCACGAUUGAAUUCCUUAAUAUCUUUAGAUUUGAGUGGAUGUGUUAAUGUUACAGACGAGUCACUCAAAGCUAUUGGAGAAUCUAAGUGUUUAGGAGGUUUGUUUUUGGCAGGCUGUAGUCGGAUUACUGACUUGGGUUUGAAGUAUUUGGCAAAAGGGAAUGUGCGGAAAUGUUUGGCGCAACUUACUCUGGCUGAAUGUGAUAGGAUUAGUGAUAACGGUAUUGUCAUCUGAAGAAAAAUGCGUCGCUUAAUGUGCUUGGAUCUGUCAAAGUGUGGGAUUAAUGUAACAGACCGGGGGAUUCAAGCCGCAAUAUCCCGAUUCCCAAAAAUGUAUAUAUUGAAUCUGUCUUGGUUGGAAAAAGUGACGGAUGUUUCAUUGUUUGCUAUUGCUAGAUUGUGCAGGAAUCUGGGGUAUAUUGGGUUGAUGGGUUGUGAGGGUGUAACUGGUAAAGGUUUACUUGCUUUCGCAGGUCAUACUUUUCUACGUGCUAUCAAACUGUCUUCGUGUCACAAUAUUUCUACCAAAGAUGUGGAGUCAUUUAUCGUCGCCAGGAGAAGUUAUACGAGUAUCAAGCAUUGGCCCAGAAGUAAAGUUUAUAUUCUCAUGCCAGAUGCAAAUGAUGAUUUUGAUCAUGACAACUUUACAGAGUGGGAAUGAUCAGAAACAGACGUUAUGUUUCGUCGAUGGAAAAGAGGACGGUCAUGUUAAUUAGCAUUUCAAUUUCGGUAUAAACUAAUUUUGUAUCGUCACCUGGGCAUUGGGGAUAUAUAACAUUUUUUGUGUGAUAAGAAAUAUAUGUAAAAUAACUACUCUAGAUAAGUAAAAUAAUUUUAUUU